AUGCCCCGCUUCCUCCAGCCUAAAAAGUCGACACAGCACCGUGUAGCAGCAAUUGCUCUUUACCGAGCCUUGCUUUCGCGAUGUUCUUCUGCUCCGCUCCCCGAUGACGACCGCGUCUCGCUCCGCAACGCAAUUCGCAACAAGUUCCGCCGGAACAGGAAGAUACAGAGCCCCUACCAGCUGGGUUUGAGCUUCAAAGCUGGAUACGAGACACUUGACCAUCUCGAUGCUUCUGCUACAGGCGAUGUCGACAGCACCCGCACGCUGACGCACCUGGUAUCCCAACUUCCGCGCGCUCUGGUCCGCGCGCCUCCGAUAAGGAAAUCCCGAGAUGCGGCGCCCAAGCAGCCCAACGAACGGCUCGCCUGUCUCCCUCCAGAAAAGGCCGUCCUCAACGUGCGUCCGUACGCGAAGACGUCCGGACCGCGCCACGUCCCGAUCAUGGCUUCGGCCAACGGCAUCCCCUUUCUGCGCCUUACGAAGCCCCAGCCCCCCGCACUGAGCCGCGUGCUGCGCCAGCGCCUGGAGCGCAAGAUCGUGCUCUUCGACACCAAGGUCUUGCUCAGCAAUUGGUGGCUGCCCAUGUGCAAGCAGGAAGACGAGUGGGACAUGCUGAUCAACGCACAAUUGAAAGAGCCCGAGGAGGACACGGUCAGGUGGACGGAUGCGAUUCGCCUUUCAGAGCGCGAAAACCAGGAGGCAUAUGAGAAGGACUUGAGGAAGGAUAGAGAGACUACGAAGAAAAUGCAGACGAUUGUCGACUUGGAGACGGAACUGGCGCUGCAGGAGGGACAGACGAUUAUCCGGGGGAGAAAGAAGAGUCCUAUACAAGUAAUCAAGCCAAAGCCGUAG